ACAUGUGGCUUCAUAAUACAGCCUAUUGGGAGAACACACAUUGGGUUAAAACAAAACCAACUUGGAAGAUGUAAGAAAAAAACGACAUGAGAAUGCAAAGAGUUUUCCUUUUACUGGCCCAUUUAUGUAUCUCGGCCCAUAAAACAAUAUAGUGGACUUUUCCUUUUCCUGGCCCAUAUGUAUUCUCUCAAUUUCAAGAAGAAAAUAAAAGCCAAGUGAAGAAAGAGAUAAGAGAGAGUGGAGGAACUGCGAUGUCUGCGACAACAACUCCAUAUCUCUCUCUUCCGAGUUUCAGACCAAGACUACAGAAUCCAGCUAAAACCACCCACCAGUUAUCUCCUCCACUCUCUUGGUCUGUUUCAAAGAGAAAGAAGAUCCUGUCUUCUUCUGACAGACAAUUAUGGAGAUUGUGUGCAGCAACACCAGAGGAGAUAGUUUCUUCUGAUACUUCUUCUUCUUCAGAAGCUAUUGUGUCUGGUGGUGGUGGUGGUGGCCAAGAUGGUGUUGCUUUGAUCAUACAAGUACUUCUCAUUGCCGCUUUUCUUGCUCUCAGUGUUCUCACCAUUGGUGUUGUUUACAUAGGAGUGACUGAGUUUCUUGGGAAGAGGGAGAGAGACAAGUUUGAGAAAGAAGAGGCAGCAAAGAAGUCUAAGAAAAGUGGCAAGAAGAAAGCAGCAACCAGAGCCAGAGCUGGACCAAGGGGGUUCGGUCAGAAGAUUGAUGAAGAUGAUGACAUUGAUAUUGAUCUUGAUUAAUUCUUUUUUUUUUUUUGUUGAGAGAGGCAAGAUUGAUCUCUGUUUGUAAGACUGCGAUUGUCAUAGUUUUCUUGCUUGCUCCAGGUAAGAUUCAUACAUUACCACAAAA